AUCCUCGAUAUUGAAAUGGCAGUGUUGCCAGGUGAUCAGCGAGGAGCUCUACAUCUGGACGGCACAAUACAGUUGUGGUCGUCAGGCGAAACGAUGGCAAAUAGUUUUAUAGUUUUCUUGUUCAUCUGCUUGGUGAAUGGCCUUUUAGCUGAAGAGGCAGAUCUGCUGGUGGAGACUCCGCUGGGAAAUGUCCAGGGUUUCUACAAGACGAGUAGCCGAGGGCGAAGGUACCGGGCAUUUGAGGGAAUCCCAUACGCCCAACCACCGGUCGAUGACCUGAGAUUCGAGCCCCCACAACCCUUCGGCUCCUGGGAGGGCACCUUGCAGACAACUCACCCCAAGAGCCGCUGUAUACAGUACGCUCUUGCGGGAGGAUAUCCUGGAAAAGUUGCGGGAAACGAGGACUGUUUAUAUCUAAACAUCUACACUCCUCUCUCCAAUCAGACGAAAAGGGCAUCCCAACCACUUCCUGUAUUUUUCUGGAUUCACGGGGGUGGUUUUCAAUUUAUGGAUGGAUACUCUCAGGGGUCAACGUACAUUAUGAAUCGAGAUUUGAUCUACGUGACGUUCAAUUAUCGCCUGGGGAUUUUAGGAUUUAUGAGCACUGAAGAUGCAGUUGUGCCGGGCAACAUGGGCCUGAAGGACCAGAGUCUGGCCCUCCAAUGGAUCCACCAAAAUAUUAUACACUUUGGGGGUGAUCCGACGCAAAUCACUAUCGCGGGUGGAAGUGCGGGGGGUGUCAGCGCUCACUAUCACUAUUUGAGCCCCAAGAGUGCUGGACUUUUCAGAGGGGGAAUGUCAUUCAGUGGUACUACCCUUAAUUGCUGGGCGCAGACUGAAGAGAGUGCGGCAAAGGCGAGAAAGCUGGCGGCGUCCGAGGGGUGCCCGACGACCAACACUGGAGAGAUGGUGAAGUGCUUGAAGUCUAGACCAGCAGCGAGCAUAGCUUCAUUGACCCAACAAUUUCAGCCCUGGCUGAUGAAUCCAUUCACCCCAUUCGGUCCAGUGGUGGAGAAAAAUUCAUCAGAUCCGUUCAUCGAUCGAUCGCCGGUGGAGAUCAUCGCCAGUGGAGGGGCUGCCUCUGUCCCCUGGGUAGCCAGCGUGGUCUCCGAGGAGGGGCUCUUCCCGGCUGCCGAGUUCGUCGAGAACGAGGAGCUAUUGGCGGAGCUGGAUGACAAGUGGGAGGAACUCGCGCCUCAUCUACUCGACUUCAACUUCACCAUUCCACAGGCUCGACGGACUCAGGUCGCUGGCACAAUCAGGGAACAUUAUCUGGGGAGCGAUAGACUUGGGGAAUUGAAUAUUCAACGACUGAUUCAUAUGGUUGGAGAUCGACUGUUUUCAGCGGACGCUGCGAAGGCUGCGACGUUGAUGGCGAAAUAUAGUGGGAGUUCCGUUAGGUUCUAUUAUUAUAAUUACAGGAACACCUUCAGCCUGACUAAUAUUUUUAACGUCACUGGAAACUUCGGUGUGAGCCACGGGGAUGACUUCAAUCUGUUCAUUACCAGUCCUCUGAUGCCGGUAGUGAGGGAUGAACCAACGUUGAGGGUGCAGGAUCGUCUUCUGGAUAUCAUAGAGUCCUUCAUGACGCGGGGCGCACCCCCCCGUGAAAUUUACUGGCCCAGGGUGGAUCCAUCACAGCCGUAUUUCAGGUACCUCCAAAUUUCGGGCCCUGAAAAAUUGGAGGCCAAGUCGAGUCUGAAUUUUGCGGAGGGAAAAUUUUGGUCCUCGUUGGAUUUUGAUGAAAAUAAACUAAUAAACAUUUACUUCUGUUUAUUGGUAUAUGACAUCCCCGUCAGUCAAUCUGUCCCGGCAAAAUCCACAUUCUCCCGUUUUAAUUAUGAAAAUGCACUUUGUUUUAUGUGGUGGUGUAUAAUGAUUUUGUCUGAUAAGUGCACCGACUAUCACUUUAUCGAGUCAGAAAUAACACACGUAGACACGAUGUCAGUAUUUCUGAAUUUUUUUUUGUUAAUAAUUUUGGCGAGUGAAUUUUCUGCAAAAAAAUUGAAUCUGCUAGUGAAGACUCCGUUGGGAGAUGUUCAAGGGUUCCAGAAAACAAGUAGUUACGGACGCACUUAUCGGGCAUUCGAGGGAAUUCCAUAUGGGAAGCCGCCAGUCGGAGACCUGAGAUUUGAGCCACCUCAGCGUUUUGGCUCGUGGAAAGGCAUUUUACAGGCAAAUGGAUCCGGAAGUGCAUGUGUACAAUAUCACCCCGCGUCACUGGAGUUACCCGAACAGGUAACCGGAAACGAGGAUUGUUUGUUUCUGAACAUCUACACCCCCUCCGAGACGAAGAAAAGUAAAUCCAAACUGCCAGUAUUUUUCUGGAUCUACGGUGGAUCUUUUCAAUUCGGGGAGGGUCGCGAUGAGGGCUCGUCAUACCUCAUGAAUCGGGACAUCGUCUACGUGAAUUUUAAUUAUCGUGUGAACAUUCUAGGGUUUCUGAGCACUGAGGACGAGGUUGUUCCUGGGAAUAUGGGCCUGAAGGACCAGAACCUGGCGCUGCGAUGGGUCAACGAGAACAUUGAAUACUUCGGAGGUGAUCCUAAUCGAGUUACUCUCGGGGGAGUGAGUGCGGGGGGUUCCAGUACUCAUUAUCAUUACCUGAGCCCCAUGAGUCGAGGCCUUUUCCAAGGUGGAAUGUCAUUCAGUGGGACAGCCCUCGAUAAUUGGGCCCAGACAGAAGGUAGUGCUGAGAAGGGACAAAAGGUGGGGUCUCUCCUGGAUUGUCCGACAGCCAGCUCUCGGGAGAUGGUGGAGUGCCUGAAAUCCCGACCUGCUAAGAGCAUAGCCCAACUGGUCGGUCACUUUCAGCCGUGGCUGUUCAAUCCGGACGUCCCCUUCGGUCCAGUGGUAGAGAAAAACUCAGCGGAACCGUUCAUCGAUCGAUCGCCGGUGGAGAUCAUCGCCAGUGGAGACGCUGCCGAUGUUCCCUGGACGUCAACCUUCGUCUCGGAGGAGGGACUCUUUCCUGUAGCAGAAUUUAUCGAGAAGGAGGACUUGAUGGCGACGUUGGAUGAAAAAUGGGAGGAAAUCGCCCCUCAUUUGCUCGACUUUAAUUUCACUGUUCCAGUGGCGAAACAGCCGCAGGUGGCAGCUACCAUCAGGGAGUAUUAUUUUGGUGGUGAUAAAAUUGAACUUGCUACGGCUCAGCAGCUUAUUCACAUGCAUGGACAUCGAUCAUUCUCACCACUCGGUGCCAGGCUAAUGGCCAAAGCCAAUCGCAGCCCUGUUUGGGUCUACUAUUACAGCUAUAGGUCACCAAUCAGUUUGACUGAUUUAUUCCAUGUGACUGGAGAUUAUGGUGUCAGUCACAGUGAUGACGUAUUUCUAUUCAUAGCCAACCCAGGCUUGAGAACCAUCACCGAUCAACCGACGUUAGAUGUUCAAAAUGUUCUCCUCAACAUCGUAGAAUCCUUCAUAUCAAAAGGAAAACCCCCCGUCGGGAUCGACUGGCCCCAAGUGGAUCCCUCAAACGAGGAUCUGGACUAUCUCCAUAUUUCAGGGCCUGAGGAAUUGAAGGCGAGGUCGACUUCGGAUUUCGCUGAGGAAAAAUUCUGGUCCUCUAUCGAUUUCAAUGAGAAUAAACUGUAAAAUUCUGGAGAGUAGAUUAAACACACUGUUGAACAAUA